AUGCGGCUUGAGACAUUUGGGGGGUGCGACCUGGAGGCCCAGGGUCUGGCUGCCCCCCACGGGGAGCCCGGUGAUCCAGGCCGGUCCAAGCCCCCACUUCGCCCCAGGACAUUGGCUGGCCCUCAAGACGGCCCCGAGCGGCGCCCCGUUCGGACUCUCUCCGUUGUCCCGCUUACCGCUGGCCGGCUUUACCCGCAACGCUGCGCUCAGCUACGGGGUGCAGGGGCGCCCCCCCCCCCGCAUGCUCUCCUCCUGCAUCCCUCGGAUGAGCGUGAACCGGGGUGGCUCGGGGGGCGCCCAAAGGCUGCCGUCAGUCGCGCCUCUGCCAAACAACGCAGGUCCCCAGCUCCCCUCGCACCUUCCUGCCGGAUCCUAACCCCGACCCCCCCCCGACAACCUUCCUCUCCCCCCCGAGCCGCCCCGCCCUCUGCCCGCCCCAGCUCGGCCCCGGCCCCGGCCCGGCUGCUCCCACUUCGCCGUCGCCGUCCCCUCCCCGGCCGGGCGGGCGAGGGGGCGGCGGCAGGCGCGAUGCUGGGGCUGGCGGCGGCGGCGGCGCUGCUGCUGGCGCUCUGCGGGCGCGGGGCACCGGCGGAGACCUUCACCUCCAUGCUCAGCAUCCGCCGGGCGCUGGGCACUGAGCGGGCGCUGCUGCGCCACCUGCGGACCUACCUGGAGGACGAGGCCAAGCGGCUCCGCGACCUCAAAAGAUUCUACCAGAAGAUCCAGGCCUUACAUCAAGGAGCGAGCGGCACCAUGGCUAACCCCUUGCUGGCGUACGCCCUGAUCAAGAGGCUGCAGUCCGACUGGAGGAACGUGGUUUAUAGCAUGGAAGGCAGCGAGAAUAUCCAAGCCCUGAAGAUAAACUACCAUCGAUUAGAGGAGAGUCUACCUCUCUUUGAGGACCUUGAAGGAGCAGCACGGGCACUAAUGCGACUUCAGGAUGUCUACGCCCUGAGCGUCAAAGAGUUGGCCAAAGGGAGAUUUCGGAGGACAAGCAGUGCCCAUCUGGAUAUCUACCAUCCCAGGCAGGACUUUUCCCUGUCUGCUGAUGACUGCUUCCACAUUGGUAAGGUUGCUUACGAUAUGGAGGAUUAUUACCACUCCAUCUUGUGGAUGGAGGAAGCUGUCAGCCUCUUCCGGAUCUCCUACGGGAACUGGAACACGGAAGAUGAGGGAAGCCUUGAAGAUGCCCUGGAUCACUUAGCGUUUUCCUAUUUCAUGGCAGGAAACAUUUCUCACGCCUUAAGGCUGUCCCAGGAAUUUCUUCACUAUGACCCAGGAAAUGAGCGGAUGGCAAGGAACGUCCUAAAGUAUGAGAAGCUUCUGAGGACCAAUCAGGAGGAGGGCGAAGAAAGGGUGACUUUGCAGAGACCCAACAUGACCCACCUGGAGACUAGAGAUGCGUAUGAGAAGUUGUGCCAGAGGCUGGGGCCCCAGGUGGCCCCCAAUCAGCUCUCCUGCUCCUACGAGACCAACAGGAGCCCUUGGCUGAUCCUGCAGCCGCUGAAAAAGGAAGCGUUGCAUCGCCAGCCCGAGCUGGCCCUGUACCACGACUUUGUCAGCCCCUCGGAAGCCGAGAAGAUCAAGGCGCUCGCGGCCCCGGGGUUGCAGAGAUCAGUGGUGGCUUCGGGAGAAAAACAGGAACAGGCCGACUAUCGGAUAAGCAAGAGUGCCUGGCUGAAAGACAACGUGGAUCCCGUGAUCGGAGCUUUAGGCCGACGGGCUGCAGCCUUGACAGGCUUGAACGUCCAGCACCCUUACGCAGAAUAUCUCCAGGUGGUCAACUAUGGGUUAGGAGGCCACUAUGAACCCCACUUUGACCAUGCUACUUCGAGAAAAAGCCCCCUGUAUCGGAUGAAAUCCGGCAAUCGAAUAGCCACGCUGAUGAUCUAUCUGAGUUCAGUAGAAGCUGGAGGGUCCACAGCCUUCAUCUACGCAAAUCUGAGUGUGCCUGUCGUCCAGAACGCCGCUCUCUUCUGGUGGAACCUGCGCAGGAAUGGGGACGGGGACGAAGCCACCCUGCACGCCGGCUGCCCGGUCCUUGCGGGAGACAAGUGGGUGGCCAACAAAUGGUUCCAUGAAUACGGGCAGGAGUUCCACAGGCGGUGCAGCACCAACCCGGCAGAAUAGCAACCCCAAGGGCUCUGCGGUGCUUCGGAAAGAAGAGGCCUCCAUCUUGCAGCGGGGUUGGGGGGGCGCAAAGAAGAUCUGAACACCUGACUCCCCCUGCCCCCCAAGCUGCACUGCAGAGACGGCUGGAGGGCUGAGGCAAAACCGAGGCGUGUCUUGGCAGGAGUUUGGCAGCGAGUGAUUUAACUCGAGGACUGGCUGACAGGUGGGGGAAACUUUCAGGGCUGCAGGGAGGGAAGCACAGCUGGGUGUCCCGGUCAGAGGGAUGGGAAAUGCUGGUGAGCUGUCUGGAUAUUAUGGGAUGCGUCCACCAGUUGCUGAAGUGGGAGUCGUGUUUGUGCAGAAGCUGAAUUCAGCAAACGGAGAACAGCAUCGACCCGAGACACAACGGGAGGUGGCCUGUUGCAUCUUACGGGCUUUUGGUGGUGGCGGCGAUACAGGGCGGGGGAAGCUCACAGAUUCAAGAGGGGCUGAUUGGCAGACAGACUGGAUGUACAGGCAGUCCUCGCUUAACCACCAUUUGUUUAGUGACCAUUUGGACUUAACAACGGCGCUGGGAAAAAAUGGCUUACGACUGAUACUCGCAAUUACAACUAUCGCAGCAAUCCCACGAUCACAGGAUUGCAAUUCAGGCGCUUGGCAACCGGUUCACAUUCAUGACCAUCGCAGCAUCCCACUGUCACGUGAUCGCCAUUUUCGACCUUCCCGGCCAGCUUCCGGCAAGCAAAAUCAA